ACCGUUUUUUUUUCCUCUUCAUUCUCCUAAAUCCGACAAGAUGAUGGCUGCUGCUGUUCUCCGUCGUAGCGCCGGUCUCGUGGCCCGCUCGACCCGCUCUCUGACCGUGGCUCGUGCUCUCAAGGCUGACCAGGCCCCCGCUGUCGACCCUGCUCUUCGCAAGACCAUUAUUGAGACUGCUGACCCCGCCACCGUCGAGCACGGCGUUGAGGGCCGCAUCCCUGACAACUGGGAGCAGGCCACCGGCAUGGAGCGCAAGGAGAUGAUCGAGAUGGCCAAGGGCAACUCGGAUCCCUUCGGUCUCGAGGGUCUCAAGUGGGGCCCCGUCGGCACCAAGGAAAGCCCCCGCAUGAUCCCCUCGCACGUGGAUGAGCGCAUUGUUGGCUGCGUUGUGGACCCCGAGUCGGAGGUCAUCACCUAUUUCAACCUCAAGGCCGGUCCUCCGGUCAUGGGUCCCGAUGGCCAGUGGUUCCAGCUGCAGAAGACCGAGGAGGAGAUCUCCUGGUAAAGCGGAGCUGCCUGAACGUUUGUGUAUGCCGUGCCCCGUUCUUUUUGAGAAAAGAGGCACACUCUGCCCUCUAGGCAUUCAGCAUUCCGUGUUGCCCAGGCAUCGGUGUUAUGUUUUUGCCUCGGUAAUGAUCUCCCCUCUGCUUUUCUACUUUUUCACCCCAUCUUGCCCGUGGCACCUUGCGCCGGCCUCUUGCUAAUGGCGAGAGCGGCGAGUUUGGCGCGCUAGCUUUGUGCUUUUUUUUUUUGGUCAUGUUGGCGGGUAGUGCAGUUGCGGCCCUCCCCUUCUGGGUGGUCACCGUCCUCACCACCUUGUCAGCGCAUGGCGUUUGACCCAGUCAUCCACACUCUUAACAUGUGGCCUCUGGUUCCAUGUGUCUUUUCUAAUCCACUCAUCUCAAGUCUG